AUGCCCAGAUUUUUGUCGGUCUCUCUCAUUGUGGCUAUUGCGUUCACUUUGAUAUUUGUCACUGGGGUUCCUGGUAAUCUAUUAACGAUAUAUGUCAUUGCCAGGAAAGGUCAAGUGCAGACAACUACCAACGUGUAUAUUCUUAGUCUGUCUUGUGCAGACCUCGUAUUUGUACUGUGUAGUCCGUUGUACGCAGUAGAAUUUCUCGUCAUAGGUAAUAAGUUCGGCGAAGUAGGCUGUCGACUCAGAGAUACUCUGGAUAUUUGUACUAUGUUAGCCUCUAUAUUCACGCUCUCUGUUAUGAGUAUUGACAGUGUUCCUAUUGAACAAAACACGGGAAAGGUCAUAGCAGUGUUGUUCAUUUCUUUAACGUAUGUAAAUAGCUGUUUAAAUCCUGUGCUCUACACCUUUCUGAGUGAAAAUUUCAGAAAGAACGUGAAAAAGGCAUUCAAAUGCUGUAGCAGAAAGGUGUCACCAGUAAGCGUUAUUCAAGCAAAUGCUGGUAACACAUCAACAAGUCACGCUAGAGCACGUCAACCAAUGGUGACUGAAAUGGGGGCUUUCUGA